AUAUGCUUCGACUGGUGGAAGAUCUACACCACUGAUUAGUAACCAUCAGUGUAUUAUAAUGACCCAUUUUCACAUGUUUGACAGUUAUUAUGGGUUAGUAAUGAUGCUGAAUUGCAAGAAAACUCUAACAUACAUUAGAACAGAAGAAUUGUCCUAUUUGUACGUGGUGAAACCAGCAAGGCAGAAACCAUCAAUUCCUAAGCUAGAGAGAACCCUUAUGAAACUAUAUCCCAGGAGCCAAGGCUAUCAAGAGACUAGCCUAGUUUAGAAAGAUGGUGCUGGUGAUGAAGCUGGGCUUUUAAACAUUGGGUCAUAGAUAUUUCAAGCUUUGAAUCCCUUGUUCUGCUCUAGGCAAUCAAUUGUUUGGGUAGAGGCUUCAUUCUUAUCUGCAAUCAAGUUUCUAAUCGAGAAAUACUUCUGCAAGAUAAAUCAACUCCUGAGUAAAGGAUUGAGCAUCUGGAAAAUUAUGUUCAGUUGGUGCAAAUCCUGAUGUUAACUCCCAGAACAUUUAUAAGGCUUAAUUUUUGUUUCCCAAAAAAUCUGUAUUGAUUCGCUAACCUAAGGAAUGUCUGUAGUUCUAACAUGUGUUAGUAAUUAUGAUUAUGGAAAAUUAGUAGUUUCAUUUAUUCUAGAUUUAUUAAUGUAGUAUCAAUUCUAAGAGAAUGCUUUAGGUGAGAGAUAAAUUAGUUGUCAAAAGAAGCAAAGAGACUUGUAAUUGGCCAGUUUACUGGCCAGACCUCAGAAUGUAAGUAGCCCUUAGUCACUAGAUUCCACACAGUCAUCUCCUGUGGGAAAGACAACAGGAGGUCAUGUCCCAUCUGUGUACUCAAGAACUGGUCACAGUCCAUCAGAAAAAUGCUUACUUCUACCCAUGUGAACACCAAAGGUCAUGGGAAAUUGGCAAGAACAAACAAAAGCAUAGAUAUAAAGAGUGAGAAAGGACAGGAAGGAGGAGACGCUAUUUCAUUCACACAAAAAGUGGAAACGUGGCUGGAGCGACAUCACCAGGGUGACAUAAAAAGAAAACUUGAGAGUUCGGCAAGGCGGGAGCGGAUCCAGCGAACCAAGGCGGACCGAACGAGAAAGGCAGCAGAUGGUUCCCAUCAUUUGCUUUCCCCACAUCCACCCACUGUACCAAGAAAUCGCUUUGGGCGGCGCAAGUUGGGUGAGAGAGGACCAUCAAGUCACACGAUUACUUAUCCUCGACCAAGCACUGCUCCAGGAAACAUACAACAGCCACUCCGGCUUCAGCCCCUCUACGGAAAUGUUGUGACUGAAGGUUCAUCAAAGACUGGUUUGAGCUGCAGACCAAAGUUUCUCACUGUUGACAAAGAAUAUCAUUUUGCUAGUGAGGGGGACAAAGGGAUAUUAAGGCCUGUGCAUUCAAUGGAUUAUUCAGUUGAAGUAUCCCCAUACAGACUUCCCAUUAUUAACAAUUAUAUGAUACCUAUUCCACAACCACCCAGAAGUGACAAAACUAUAAUCCCCAUGAAACCUGUGGGAAGAGGUCGACGGUUUCGCCCUACAACUUCAUCAAAUGGCCUGGAGCAGUUGCUAAUGAAGGACACUGGAAAAUUCUGCAGGCCUCAAAUACAAAGCAAUGCAUAUGUUACCAUGGUCUAUUUGGGAAAAACUGUGCACCUUUCAUAUGACCUUUUAGAUUAUCGAGAAGAAAUAAAAAUUUACCAACAGCAUUGUGGAGGAGAAAACCUAUGUGUGUAUAGAGGCAAACUGCUGGAGGGAGAAACAUUUCAGUUCAUCUCCAGGAGGCAUCAUGGCUUCCCCUUCAGUCUCACCUUUUAUCUCAAUGGAAUUCAGGUUGACCGAUUAAGUUCUUGCUGCGAAUAUAAGCAUCGGAAAGGUACUCGGCUAGGAGGCAAGCAUGGAUACUUUGGUUUCAUCAAUGUGGAAAGAUCAUCUCCUUGCUAUAGAUGUAUAAUUUCAUUGGGCCUGGACAAAAAGCCUACACCUCCAAAAAAGAAGACCCUUGAAGAAAGUGCAAAGCUGGAAGAUUGGAAGAAAGAGGACGUGACACACAAGUUGAAAGAGGAAAAAAAAGUAUUACCGCCCCACUUUCCUUCAGCUUCUGCAGUAAAGAAACGGGCUGCAGAACGUGCUGAAGAAAAGCAAUUGGAGACCAAAAAAAGAGAAGAAGAGAGAGAUGAAUUUGAGGAUACCCAGAAAACGUCUGCUUAUGAAGCAUAUGAGGAAGAUUUUGAAGCUGAUGAAAAGAAAUCAGUUGGGAAAGUUGAGAAAGUUGAGAAAGAAGCACGUGCUGAUGAUCAAAUGAGUGAAAAAGGGAAGCCGCUCUCCGAAGGGGAAACAGAUCGUUCAGAUGAUGAAAGGAAGAAAAAAAUCUCAUCACAGAAAUCUUCACGGACUUCUGAUAGUGAGCGAGAUGAAAGUGAGGGAUAUACGGAAAGCUACACAGAGGAAGAGGAGAGAAAACAUGGCAAAGGUAAAGCAACUGACUUGGAAAUGGAUGCAUCUGCCCGAAAGAUCCAAGCUUUUUAUAGGAAGCAUAAAGGUCAACAGCAAACUCAGGCUGUCAAACCAGGUAGAAAACAAGUGCUUUCCGUCUCCGGCAGCAGCACAUUAUACAGCAGCGCAACCGAAUCCGAGUCCGAAGGCAGGAAGCGUGAUGAGGAGGAAGACGUUACAGACAUUCAUUCAGAAUAUGAAACGGAAACCACCAAGUCUCAACGGGAGGGACGUCAGGGAACUGAUGUGGAAGAAGAGGAAAACUUGGGGGAAACAGAAAGCUUGUCCACCAAGAAUGUGCCAGAUAUCUUCUAUGAAGAAAAAGUGGAGAUGACCCUUCAGGACAUGAGUCCGGGCCAUGAGAAACCCAAGCUUAUAGGGUCGGUAGACAUGGGGGAGGAGGAAGAGAAGGAUAAGUUAGUGCAUUUGAAAAGCAGUGCCCUAGAAGGCUAUCCGAGCAGGAGGAUUUCUGAAGAUAAGGAAGGUGAUCGCAAAUCGGUCAGAGAGAAAAUAGCUGAGGCUAUUGAAAAAGAUCAGCUUUUGAGUUCUGAACCUGAACCUAGCGAUUACAGUACAGAGGAUGAGGAUGAACAUAUAACAGCUGCUCAAGACAAACAUGAAGCACCAGAUGAAGUUUCCUUGGCAAAACCAUCAAGAAGGACUGAAUCGCAAAGGGCUACAAAGCAAAUGAAGAGAGAGAGAGAGAUGAUGGACAAGGAAGGAAUACUUGAGGAAGAGGAGCUUGUAGCUGGUAAAGGCCCCAAAGAAGCAGCUCUAACAGAAGAAUUGCUAGCCCCCAAAAGAGCAAGUCUUAGAGGAGACCAGGGAGUAAAACCUGAAUUUCUGGCAGGAAAAAGAGAAUGGGAGAGAGAACCCAUAGAAUCAGACCUGGCCAGUAUAGAAAAAGAAAUAACCCCCAAGGAUGAAAAAAUUGAGAGCGUGACAAAAACAGGUGAAAUGGCAAUAAAACAUAAAGCUGCUGACGGAGAGGAGGUUUUAGGGGGAUUCAGAUCAGAAGGGGAAGAAACUGAAGAUGCCAAAAUUAGUGAGAAGUCAAGAGCAGCAAAGAGAGAAGAACAUGUGCGAUGGCAGAUCCUUGAGGGAGAAGAAGGUGCAGAAGUGACUGAGGCACCAAAAGCUUUAAAGACAAGAGAAUUAGAAAAAAUUAAGACAGAGGACAGGCUUGAAGCAAAAGAAAAGAUGAAAGGAAAAUAUGAGACAGCUGAAGAUUGGGAGACAACAUCUGCAGAAAAGAUCAGUAUUGGAAAGGGACCAGAAAAGGUAGGAGAAGCUGAAUCCAAAGAAAUUUUUCAAGAGAAAAAACAUAAAGCAGAGGCCGGAAAAAAAGCUGACAUAAUGGAAAAGAAAAGAAAGGAUGAGGCAUUUUUGAGGGAAGAUGAGGAGAGAAAAUAUGAAUUGAGGCCCAUUUCCCCUUUGGAAGCAGGACUUAGACCAUCACAAUUAAAAGUGGAAGAUGUUCUCUAUGGAGAUGAAAAAGCAGCUGCUGCAGAAAAGGCAAUCACUAGUGGAAGAGAGGUUCCAUCUGAGAUGGAAGAAACAAUCCAAGGAAUUUCAUCCAGAUGGGAUGAAGAUUUAUACCAAGAAUAUCCAGAUGUGACUGGGAUGAAAGCCAUAUCUACAGAAGAUUUAUCCCUCAAGAAAAUAGAGCCUUUGGUGGGAGAGGCCUUCCUCGACCAUGAAAUUGAAAUAACUGAGGAAGACAAGUUAGCAGGCAAACCAUAUUCUGAAAGAGAGAAAGAGAGACAAGCAAGAGCAAAAGAUAUUUUGGCAAUUGAUCAAACAGCCCAAGGAGAAAAGACUGUAGUACAACCUGUAGAAAGAGGAGCAGAAGAAAGGCUAAAGUUCAAAAUGGCAGCUCCAGAAGAGAAACUGGACUUGGAGAAAGAAGGGCUUUAUAUUGAACCCGGCUUAGAAUCUAUGGCAGUGCUGAUGGAAGAAUUAGCAAAGAAAGAAAAAGCAAAAGGAGAAAUGUGGGUUGAAGAGGCAGAGGGACAAGUAAAAGGAUUAUCUCCAAGACAGAAAAUGAUUGAACAACAAAAAACACCCGGAAGAAAGGCAGAAUCUGAAGAGAGAGGUGCUGAGAUGGCACUUAAAGAAGAGGCAGAAACUGAUGAGACAGAAGUUAAAACUAAACGAAAAGUAGAAAAAGAAGAGAUAGGAAAGAAAAUGGAAUAUCCAUGGGAAGCAGAAGGAGACAUGGCACUUAAAAGGGAGGUAGAAACUGGAGAGGCUAAAGUCGAUGUGGGACUUGAGGAGGAGUUAGAAGUCACAGAGGCAGAAGCUGAUAUGACACUUAAAGGGGAGGCAGAAAGAGGACAUGUCAAAGCUAAAGUGGAACCUAAAGGAGACUUACACACUGAAAAAGCAGAAGCUGAAAUGACAUUUGAAAGAGAGGAAGAAAUUGGACGUAUCAAAGCUAAGGUGGAACCUAAACUAGAGUUAUAUGCUGAAGAAGCAGAAGCUGAGAUGACACUUGAAAGUGAGGCAGAAAUUGCACGUGACAAAGCUAAGGUGGUACCUAAAGGAGACUUAUAUGCUGAAGAAGCAGAAGCUGAGAUGACACUUGAAAGAGAGGCAGAAAUUGCACGUGUCAAAGCUAAGGUGGUACCUAAAGGAGACUUAUAUGCUGAAGAAGCAGAAGCUGAGGUGACACUUGAAAGAGAAGCAGAAAUUGGAUAUGUCAAAGCUAAGAUGGGACCUAAAGGAGACUUAUAUGCUGAAGAAGCAGAAGCUGAGAUGACACUUGAAAGAGAGGCAGAAAUUGGACGUGUCAAAGCUAAGGUGGCACCUAAAGGAGACUUAUAUGCUGAAGAAGCAGAAGCUGAGAUGACACCUGAAAGACAGGCAGAAAUUCGACGUGUCAAAGCUAAAAUGGAACCUAAAGGAGAUUUAUAUGCUGAAGAAGCAGAAGCUGAGGUGACACUUGAAAGAGGGGCAGAACUUGGACGUGUCAAAGCUAAGGUGGGACCUGAAGGGGAGUUAUAUCCUAAAGAAGCAGAAGCUAAGAUGAUACUUGAAAGAGAGGCAGAAAUUGGACGUGUCAAAGCUAAAAUGGAACCUAAAGGAGAUUUAUAUGCUGAAGAAGCAGAAGCUGAGGUGACACUUGAAAGAGAGGCAGAAAUUGGACGUGUCAAAGCUAAAAUGGAACCUAAAGGAGAUUUAUAUGCUGAAGAAGCAGAAGCUGAGAUGACACUUGAAAGAGAGGCAGAAAUUGGACGUGUCAAAGCUAAAAUGGAACCUAAAGGAGACUUAUAUGCAGAAGAAGCAAAAGCUGAGAUGACACCUGAAAGACAGGCAGAACCUGGACGUGUCAAAGCUAAGGUGGGACCUGAAGGGGAGUUAUAUGCUGAAGAAGCAGAAGCUGAGGUAACAUUUGAAAGAGAGGCAGAAACUGCAUAUGUUAAAGCUAAGAUGGUACCUAAAGAAGACUUAUAUGCGGAAGAAGUAGAAGCUGAGAUGACACUUGAAAGAGAGGCAGAACCUGGACAUAUCAAAGUUAAGAUGGGACCUGAAGGGGAGUUAUAUCUUGAAGAACCAGAAGCCGAGAUGAUAUUUGAAAGAGAGGCAGAACCUGGACGUGUCAAACCUAGAAUGGUACCUGAAGGGGAGUUAUAUGCUGAAAAAGCAGAAGCUGAGGUGUCAUUUGAAAGAGAGGCAGAAACUGGACAUGUUAAAGCUAAGGUGGUACCUAAAGGAGACUUAUAUGCUGAAGAAGCAGAAACUGAGGUGACAUUUAAAAGGGAAGCAGAAACUGGACAGGUCAAAGCUAAGAUUGUACCUAAAGAAGACUUAUAUGCUGAAGAAGCAGAAGCUGAGGUGUCAUUUGAAAGAGAGGCAGAAACUGGACUAAUUAAAGCUAGGUUGGUACCUAAAGGAGAGUUAUAUCCUGGAGAAGCAGAAGCUGAGGUGACAAUUGGAUGGAAAGCAGAGACUGGACAGGUUAAAGCUAGGGUGGCACCUAAAGGGGAGUUAGAUGCUGAAAAAAGAGAAGCUGAGUUGACAGUUGCAUGGAAAGCAGAAACUAGACAGGUCAAAGCUAAAGUCACACCUAAAGAGGAGUUAUAUGCUGAAGAAGCAGAAGCUGAAAUGAUACUUAAAAGAGAGGUAGAACCUGGACUGGUCAAAGCUAAGAUGGUACCAGAAAGGUGGUUAGAUGCUGAAGAAGCAGAAGCUGAGGUGAGACUUAAGGGAAAAGCAGAAAUUAUAGAGGCAGAAUUUGAUAAGAUACCUGAAAGAAAAUUAGAAGUUGAAGGGUCAGAAGCUGAGGGGAAGAGGGCAGAAAGCCACGUUGCCUUGAAAUGGAAGCCUGAAACUGGAGAGGCAGAGGCUGAUGUGGUAUCUAAAGGGGAAUUAGAAGUUGAAGAAGCAGAAGCUGAGUUGACAUUUAAAGGAAAGGCAAUAGAGAAAGCACUUAAACAGAAGGCAGUAAUUAUAGAGGAAGAGGCUGAUGUGAUACCUAAAGAGGAAUUAGAAGUCAAAGAGGCAGAACCUGAGUGGACACUUAAAAGGAAGGCAGAACCCGGACAGGCCAAAGUUAAGGUGGUGCCUAAAGGGGAGUUAGGUGCGGAAGAAGCAGAAGCCGAGAUGACACUUAAGCGGAAAGGAGAAACUAUAGAAACAGAGUCUGAAGUGAUAGCUGGAAAGGAUUUAGAAGCUGAAGAUGCAGAAGUUGAGAGGACCCUUAAAAAGAAGGCAGAAGGCAAGGUAGCCUUGGAACAGAAGGCAAAAAUUGUAACGCCAGAGACUGAGGUAGCAUUUGAAGAGAAAGCAGAAGUUAAAGUUGUACCAAAACUCCGGGGGGAAGAAGAAACAGAAGAUUCAGAAGCAAAUGGAGAAGUGCUUUCUGUCGUCAUAGGAUCUCUGAAUGAAACUACCUUUGGAGAGCAAGGGUUAGUCACCAGGAGAGAAGAGAUUAUAGCAGAAAUAAAACAUACUUCUGAAUCAGCCCCACAAAAAGAAGCAUUCGUUGGAGGAGAAAUGAAAAAAGAACCUAGUGUCCAAACUGGAGUAUCUGACAAGACUGGAACAAGGGAAACAUUUCUUUACAUGGAAGUACAGGAGGAAGUCAUAGCUCCUGAAGAGGAGAAGGAACAGGACGAAUCAGACACAUGUGAUGAGAUGAGAGAAGGAAUGAUAACACUUGCAGAUGUAGAAGAAGCUCUCUUAAUAGGGAUACAGCAACUGAUAACAGAAGUAUCACAGAUCAAUGAAAAUGAUAAAGAUAAAGAAGAACCUUCGGUGGAAAGAUCAGCAGAAGACGAAUCAACUCAGGAGUGUGCCACGAGUGAAGAUUUUUUUGCUGUUGUAGUAGAUGAAGAAAGGGAGAUAAUUGAGAGCAGUAACAGUGAGGAAGAAGGAACUGGGGAGCAUUCAGAAGGAACAGGAGAGCCUUCGGAAGAAGGAACAGGAGAACCUUCGGAAGAAGAAACAGGAGAGCCUUCAGAAGAAGGAAUAGGGGAGCCUUCAGAAGAAGGAAUAGGGGAGCCUUCAGAAGAAACCCCUUCAGAUGAAAAAGAUGGAAAUAUGAACUGUGAAAUAGGAUUGGAGGAGACUACAGAUGAAACUAUCACAAUGACAAAUACCAUUCUUUGGAGCUCCCAGGAGUAUGAAAGAGAGUGUCACCAAGUUCUUACUGGAACUGACUGAGAAGACAAACACCUAGACUGAAGAAUGCUUUGGGGUUGGAACUUCCCAUCUCAUCAUUGCUGCCUCAAGACUUGGUGGAAACACAGACUUAUUCAAGCAUCUUCUUAUAUUCUUUUGAUGCUUGCCAUCCAUCUUUCCAUUGUUGUCCUGACUACCAUGAUCAUUUAGUAACUUUUUUCAAGAAAAUAAUUCUAGAUUGGUGCCACCUGGGGUAACUGCCCUCUUUGAUUCCUUCACACACUUCUGUCACUAUGCACCAGGACUGCUGCAGACAAACGAAAUCCUAUCUAACUUAUUUCAUUAAUAGCAUUCCUUUAUAAUUCUAAAAAUAUCAAUAAUGAGGCCUGUAUAACAGCUGCCACACAUUUCUUUUAAAAACAAAACAGAAUUAUUAUGUAACGGGAACUUUCCCAGAAUCAACCAGCUAAUUCUGCUGCACAGUAAGAGUCACUUGAAGUCUUUAUGUAGAACAAUAAAACACCUGCAAACAGA